AUGUCAUACGAAAUUCAAUUUUUGUCCUUACAAAAAAACGAACUAAGCUAUGAGGUGGCCAUUAGAGGCGGCACACCCGGAGAAAACGUUCAAGAAUUACGCAGGCAGAUAGUCAAAUUAGCCAAUGUGAUGCCUUCGGAUGAUAUUAUUGAAUCUGGGUUUGAGUUUUCUGUAGACGUAGAGGGCAUCCGCGAAAGCCUUAUUAAAGUAGAAACGAAUUUAAAAACAUUAUCAGUGAAAUAUGAUAAAAAUUUAUAUAAACGUACUCAAAACUUACUUAACCAUCUAUUUCAUAGGAUUCAACGUCUGGAUGCUGUAGAUAAAAAGUCUACAGAUAUUCUAGAAAGCCUCAGGCGCAAGCUAAAUACAAAUUUUAAAAACUUAGAACAUCUUAAGCCUGAUACUGAUUCCUCAUCUGAAUUUACAGAUGCUCUUACAAUUACACCGUCCCCUAUUGUUGUUAUAUGUGAUCGAGCUCAUUCUUCGGACUUAACUAGUAUUAAGUUUGAUGGAAAAACGUGCGUACUUUCGUUUGUCCAACGUAUAAACGACUAUAUAACAGCCCGUGGUAUUCCCUCUUCUAAAAUUAUAGAUUUUGGAACAGAAAUUUUCGUUGGUGAUGCUUUACACUGGUUUCGCAGUGUAAGAUCACAUGUUACGUCUUGGGAUAGAUUAUGCGAAUUACUGAAGGAUGUUUUUGUUAUUCCUGAUCAUGAUUAUCGCUUAUUAGACGAGAUAAAAGCUCGUACGCAAGGUGAAACUGAGAAUAUUACUAUUUACCUAGCCAUUAUGUCAGGCAUGUUUUCCCGUUUAUUUAAAAAACCUUCGGAGGAAGAUCAGUUAGAAAUUAUUAUGCACAAUAUCAAACCGUGUUAUGCUAGCGCUUUAAUUGCAGUGCCUGAUCUUAAAUCUAUUGAGGUCUUACGUACGGCUUGUAAAAAUUAUGAGAAUGUACAGUCUUGUCUUAAUAAAUAUCAUGAACCUCCUAAAAUAAAUUCAGCCACACUAGCACCCGAAUUUGCAUUUAAGCCACUCACUAAUUUAGCAGAAAAAAAUAAAAUGUACUAUUCUGCCACUAAUAAAUUUAAUUGCAAUAAAGCUUAUAAUAAUUAUAAUAAACCUAUACCUAAUUCAAGUAACCUUUAUAAAAAAUAUUCUCCCAAUUCUAAUGUUUUAAACAACACUUAUCCGCAACGGCAACAAAGAGUUUAUGGUCAUAAUAAACCAAUUGACGCUAUUCAAUAUGACGAAAGUAAACAAAAGUUUUGCCCCCGGUGUCGUGUUGAUACACACAACUUAAGACAAUGUACAGAAAAACGCAAAGUAUUUUGUUUCAAAUGUGGCCGUGAUGAUUACACAUUUUACACUUGUCCAGAUUGUACAAGUAUUCCGUCUAGUUCAAAAAAACUAAUAAAGCAGAAUUGUAGCAACCUCGUCAACCACUCUAAUAAUACCGAUUGGAAACAGUGGUUGAAGUUUAUUAAUAUUUUUUUUAAUAGCUAUACAGUUGCUACAAUUCUACUUAAUAAACCACCUAACGACGUGCGACCUUAUUUAUCAGUCAAAAUAGGAAAUACAAAAUUUUGGGGGUUAUUAGAUUCUGGCUCAGCCGUCACCUUACUAGGCAAUAAUGCACACAACUUACUGAUAGAUGAAGGAUUUGCUGUGCGCACUGAUGAAAUGGUCUCUAUAACAGCAGCCGGUGGACAAAAACUUAAUUGCUUAGGAUAUAUUAAUCUCCCAUUUAAUUUUGAAAACAAUUAUUAUACUUUGAAGACAUUUGUAGUUCCUGAAAUAGAGACCUCUCUUAUAUUAGGUAUUGAUUUCUGGAAAAAAUUUAACAUAUGUCCAAAAUACAUCAACUGCAUUGAAUAUAAAAGAGAACUCACCGAUUAUUAUUCAAACACGAAUGAAUCAAUAUUAAAAUCUCAUAUACAUUCAUACGCAUCCCUUAAUGCCAACCAACGCUUGAUUGCUGACGACAUAAUUGAACAAUUUAAGGACGUUUCUUCCGAACGCAAGGGCUUAGGUUGUACUUCUCUUGUAUGUCAUUCUAUUGAUACGGGUGACACGAAACCUAUACGACAGCGUUAUUAUCGAAUGUCCCCUGUAAAGCAGCAAAUUUUAUGCCAGCAAGUUGACGAGAUGCUUUCAUUGGACGUAAUUCAGCCUUGUGAGAGCUCUUGGUCCUCUCCAAUCUUAAUUGUUACAAAAAAAAACGGCCAACCGCGCAUUUGCUUAGACAGUCGCAAGUUAAAUUCUGUAACCAAACGCGAUGCUUAUUCCUUGCCAUAUGUUUCCGAAAUUCUAGAUAAUCUGCGAGACGCAAAAUUUAUAUCUAGUAUAGACCUUUCUAAAGCAUUCUGGCAAAUUUUAAUUUCAGAACGCGAUCGCGAAAAAACUGCCUUUUAUGUCCAAGGUCGUGGGACCUUUUGUUUUAAGAGGAUGGCUUUCGGCCUUACCAAUGCACCUGCAACCCAACAAAGGCUUGUAGACUUAUUAUUUGGUUCAUUUGAUCUUAAGGUAUUUGCAUACCUCGAUGAUAUAAUUAUUAUUUCUAACACAUUCGAUGAACACGUUUCUUUAUUAUUACGUGUAAUAAAUAAGUUAAAGGAAGCAAAUUUAACAAUAAACUUUGAAAAAAGCCAAUUUUUUCGGUCUCGUCUGAAAUAUUUGGGCUACGUAAUAGACGCCCAGGGUCUCAGAACAGACCCUGAAAAGGUAAAAGCUAUUUUAGAGUAUCCAACACCAUCUUCAAAAAAAGAUGUAAAACGUUUUUUAGGAACAGCCACCUGGUAUAGACGUUUUGUGCCAAAUUUUAGCACUAUAGCUGGGCCUCUUAAUAAACUUACUUCAAAUCGCAAGGGUGCUCCAAAAUUUUACUGGUCACCAGAGGCAGACAUAGCUUUUAAAAAGCUAAAAGAAUGUUUAGUAUCUGCACCAGUCUUACAUUGUCCUAACUAUAAUUUGCCCUUCCAAGUUCACACAGACGCCAGUAAUUAUGGAGUAGGUGCCAUGUUAACUCAAACAGUCGAUGGCAAAGAACAUCCUGUUGCCUAUAUGAGCAAGUCACUAAAUGCUGCAGAAAAGAAUUACAGCAUUACCGAGAGAGAGACAUUAGCUGUAAUAGUAGCAUUAGAACACUGGCGUUGCUAUCUUGAAAAUGGUCAACCUUUUGUAGUUUACACUGAUCAUUCAGCAUUAAAGUGGUUUCUCUCUUUAAACAACCCUACGGGCAGGCUUGCAAGAUGGGGCAUUAGGCUAUCUUCUUUUGAUUUUACUAUCAAGCAUAGACGUGGUGCUGAUAACAUUAUUCCAGACGCGUUAUCUCGCGCUGUCGUAGUUUCUUCUAUUUCCACAGCAAAAUCUGACUUAACAACGAAUGAUAAAUGGUAUCUAGACAUUUAUAAUGGUUGUAUGAACAAUCCAAGUAAAUAUGAAAAUUUUCUUAUCAAAGCGGAAAAGCUAUAUCGGUGUUCAAAAAAUAAAUGUUUAUUAACUACAGAGUUUUCGUGGAAAGAAGUAGUUCCAUUAGAAUUACGAGAACACGUUAUCAAAGAAAAUCACGCAGAACCCACGUCAGGUCAUUUAGGCAUCCAUAAAACUUAUCGCCGUUUAGCAUUGCAGUAUUUUUGGCCAGGUAUGCAUCGGGACGUCGUAAAGUUUGUUACGAAGUGUGACAUCUGCUUAACUUAUAAACUCCCUACUCAUAAUGUGUUAGGAGAAAUGGGACGACCUAAACAGUGUUGCCGACCCUUCCAAAUUACGAGUAUUUCAAUUGAUUUCAUCGGACCCCUGCCAGUUAGUAGAAAACAAAAUUCUUAUAUCUUAGUAGUAACAUGUUGUUUCUCCAAAUAUUGUUUAGCGUUUCCGGUAAGAAGAGCUACAGCCGACAUUGUAAUUAAACAUCUGAAAGACUCUGUAUUUUUAACAUUUGGCAUUCCCCAAACGGUGUAUAUGGAUAAUGGCAGCCAAUUUAUUUGUGAGAAGACCAUUGCGUUAUUUAAUAAGUAUAAUAUUCCUAACGUUUUUCUUACACCUAAAUAUACUCCUCAGGUUAAUUUGGUGGAACGCUAUAAUAAAACUAUUGUCACCUGUAUAUCGACCUUUGUGAAAGAAGAUCAGCGUUCUUGGGAUGUAUAUUUGCCUAAAAUACUGUUUGCAAUAAACAACUCCGUUAACGAGGUUACUGAUUACACUCCCUCAUUCCUUGUAUAUGGGCGUGAAUUGGUAAUAUGUGGUUCUCACUACGUUGACAACGACCUUGGCGAUGAAAUUGUUUUCUUACCGCGAGACGCCUAUGCUGAGAACAUCGGUUAUCUCGCUAAAAUAUUCAACAAAGUUCAGACAUCACUAUGGCAUCAUCAUCAACAAAAUUCCAAACGCUAUAAUUUAAGGAGAAGGUUCACAGAAUUUAACGAAGGCGAUAUCUUAUUUAAGCGCACUUACUAUCUGAGUGAUAAACACAAAUAUUUUAAUAAAAAAUUAGCCCCAAAAUUUAUUAAAUGCCGCAUAACUAAAAAGAGGUCACCUCUAGUGUACGAAUUGGAGGACAUGCACGGUAAAUAUUUAGGGCCAUGGCACAUAAAAGAUUUUAAAUUGUCUAAAUAG